GAAAAACAUAAAUAGAAAGACGCACAUCCAAAGAGCGAGAUUUUGUCGAGACCCCGAAGGGAGCCCAGCAAAACCCCAUGGCCGCGCCUGCAGGCUCCACCCUCAGAAACCCUAGCCGUCCCCUCGCCUCGGCCGUCCCCAAGCCCUGUUCCUCCUUCAUCGGCGUCCGGAUCCCCCUAAAGCCCCAGAAGUCCCGGCCGAUCACCUCGGCGAUGCCGCCGCCGGCUCCCGUAUCCUGUACCCUAACCCGGAAGCCCGCCACCGUGGAGGCGGCGGAGAACGGCCGGCGGACGGUGACCCAGAGGCCCGACUCCUUCGGCCGGUUCGGGCGGUUUGGGGGGAAGUACGUCCCAGAGACUCUAAUGUACGCACUCACCGAGCUUGAGUCCGCAUUCCGGACACUUUCCCACGACGCGGAUUUUCAGAAAGAAUUGGAUGGGAUUCUUAGAGAUUAUGUUGGUCGUGAGAGUCCACUGUACUUUGCGGAAAGGCUUACAGAUCACUACAGACGCUCUAAUGGAGAGGGCCCACACAUUUACUUGAAAAGGGAAGAUCUUAACCACACUGGUGCCCACAAGAUUAACAAUGCUGUUGCACAAGCAUUACUUGCCAAGCAUUUGGGAAAGAAACGCAUCAUAGCUGAGACUGGAGCUGGUCAGCAUGGAGUUGCCACCGCUACUGUAUGUGCUAGAUUCGGUUUGGAAUGUGUAGUCUACAUGGGCGCCCAAGAUAUGGAGAGGCAGGCACUCAAUGUUUUCAGAAUGAGGCUUCUCGGGGCCCAGGUAAGAGCUGUACAUUCUGGGACUGCGACACUGAAGGAUGCCACAUCUGAGGCCAUUCGAGAUUGGGUUACUAAUGUUGAGUCAACGCAUUACAUUUUGGGCUCUGUUGCAGGGCCACAUCCAUAUCCAAUGAUGGUUAGAGAAUUUCAUGCAGUGAUUGGCAAAGAGACAAGAAAACAGGCAAUGGAAAAGUGGGGUGGAAAGCCAAAUGUUCUUGUUGCCUGUGUUGGUGGUGGUUCAAAUGCAAUGGGACUCUUUCAUGAGUUUGUUGAUGAUGCCGACGUAAGGUUGAUUGGUGUAGAGGCAGCUGGUUAUGGAUUAGACAGUGGUAAGCAUGCUGCAACCUUAACAAAAGGAGAGGUUGGGGUUCUGCAUGGUGCCAUGAGUUAUUUAUUGCAAGAUGACGAUGGACAAAUAAUCGAGCCUCAUUCCAUAAGUGCUGGCUUGGACUAUCCUGGUGUUGGACCAGAGCACAGCUAUUUGAAGGAUAUUGGACGUGCUGAAUACUAUAGUGUCACUGAUCAGGAGGCUUUGGAAGCUUUUAAGCGUCUAUCUCAGUUGGAGGGCAUCAUCCCAGCCCUAGAGACUUCGCAUGCAUUGGCCUAUUUGGAAAAACUAUGCCCAACGCUACCCAACGGCACAAAGGUGGUAGUGAACUGCAGCGGCAGAGGAGACAAGGAUGUCCAAACUGCUGCGAAAUACCUUGAGCUCUGAAAGAUGAUCAGAGCCUUCCAUUCUUCAUGUGGCGGAUAGCAGGAGAAAAAUACAAGAUUUAUUUAUUUACUUGAACAGUGUUGUUAUGUGUACCUUGUUCUGAAUGAAUGAAUGAUCAAUAAAACCUUUGCAUUGUUGUGUUUUUA